AUGACCUAUUCGGUUGCCCCUCCUAAUUACGAUGGGGGUCUUCAUGUGGCACCUCACAACCAAAUAGCUGGUCAAGGUGUCUUGACCCUCCCCAAUGACCCAUCACAGGUGGCUUACAUUGGCGAUCCAGAGUCCAGCUUCCUCUUUGCGAUGGAUACGGCUGAGAUUAGUGAUGAGGGCCAUAGAUCAGUCUACCCGGGCAACACGCAGACCAUUGUCAUGCAGAUUCCCACAGUGGACAACAUGGUUCCGGAUCACACUGUCUUGCACUCUGGGCCGUGCGUUUCAAAGGACUAUACCAGGCUGCGAUCGAUAGGUUUUUGA